GGUAAACAAGAUGGCGGCAGCCUUGAAGCAGCAGCUGCUGUGAAGAACAGAUGAGCUAAAUUAAACGAACGAAUAGAAAAAGAGGAAGAAUCGCGCGUGUUCUGAGCCGUCAAAGAUUCGUGCUGAUGUGUGCAGGUCUCAGGUAUUUUGAAUCAUGGUCACGGAUCUGCCAUAACCCUAUAGAGAAAUAGGACAUCCCAAUUCUUGAUCGCAGCAUAACAAAGAUAAGUUCCUGGACCUCUCCGGGUCGUACCACUGCAGUUGGACUUUUAGGAUGCGCGGUGAUCGCUAAGGCUGGACAAUCCGUUUGGACCGCAGUAUUCAAGUAGCGUUGCUAAUCUGCAGAGAUGUCCAGGAAUCCAGUCAUUCCCAGUGUUGGCUAAUGUAGCCUUGUGAUAGAAGCUAAUUAUUCAACGCUUGUUGCCCCUGAGACCUGGUGUACUUUUUCGAUUUUUGCUCCUUUGGGGAGUUUGUGUGGGACUGUCCACCUCUGUUGAACUGAGCAGAACGUUGAACGAUGCUACUGAAUCAGUUCUAGUGCUGUUUUACUGACUGAUCCUCCCCAAUCAGAAUACAAAUAUCCCAGACGCCCCGUCAGCUUUUGUGCUGGAGUUGCGGCCUGGAGCGCGUGAGAGAGAGAGUGAUGAUGAGUGUUGGCGGUGAUCUUCAUCAUCUGGAAUACCUGACAGAAAAUGAGCUCAUGGGGAUGGACACCUUCAUCCACCGCAUCGACUCCACCGAGGUCAUCUACCAGCCUCGCCGCAAGCGUGCCAAACUCGUCGGGAAGUAUCUGAUGGGAGAUUUGCUCGGGGAGGGCUCUUACGGGAAGGUCAAGGAGAUGCUGGACUCAGAGACUCUGUGUCGGAGAGCCGUGAAGAUCCUGAAGAAGAAGAAGCUGAGGAGGAUUCCGAACGGAGAGGCUAACGUGAAAAAGGAGAUUCAGCUACUGAGACGACUACAGCACAAGAAUGUCAUCCAGCUGGUGGAUGUGCUGUACAAUGAAGAGAAGCAGAAGAUGUAUAUGGUCAUGGAGUAUUGUGUGUGUGGAAUGCAGGAAAUGUUGGAUAGCGUUCCAGAGAAAAGAUUUCCAGUGUUUCAAGCUCACGGGUACUUCUGCCAGCUUUUGGAUGGUCUUGAAUACUUGCACAGCCAGGGAAUAGUACACAAAGACAUUAAACCAGGGAAUUUGCUGCUGACUACAGAUGGGACGUUAAAGAUCUCCGAUUUGGGAGUAGCAGAGGCACUGCACCCCUUUGCGGAGGAUGACACGUGCAGGACGAGUCAGGGGUCACCGGCGUUCCAGCCGCCCGAGAUUGCCAACGGCCUCGACACGUUUUCAGGGUUUAAAGUGGAUAUCUGGUCUGCUGGAGUCACACUAUACAACAUAACCACAAGCCUGUACCCAUUUGAAGGGGACAACAUCUAUAAGCUGUUUGAGAACAUUGGGAAGGGUGACUACAGUAUUCCAGAGGAUUGCAUCCCGCUGCUCUCAGAUCUGUUGAGAGGAAUGCUGGAAUAUGAUCCUGUGAAGAGGUUCUGCAUACAGCGGAUCAGACAACACAAUUGGGUUCGUAAGAAGCACCCCCCCUCAGAACCGCCCGUGCCCAUCCCGCCCAGCGCCGAGACCCGAGACUCAUGGAGGAGCAUGACGGUGGUGCCGUACCUGGUGGAUCUCCAUGGUUACGGUGAUGAUGACGAGCUGUUUGACGGGGAAGAUGACAUCAUAUACACUCAGGACUUCACGGUACCAGGGCAGGUGACUGAGGAGGAGGAGGAGGAGGAGGAGGAGGAGGGAGAUCGUGCUUCAGAGCGCAGUUGUGCUGUAGCGAAACCGCUGUGUGUGAACGGGACCGAGUCUGCAUCAUUCAAACCCAAGUCUGAGCGCCGCUCCAGUUCCUCCUCCAAUCCCUCGCGGAAGGGCAUUUCUGCCGCCAGCAAGAUCCGCAAACUCUCCACCUGUAAGCAGCAAUGACCCGCCCCAUCUGAGAGAUCCACACCUGCCCCGUCUCUGAACAGGUCUGUUGUUUCCUUGCUGUUAAUACACUGAACACACCUUUCUGUCAUGCCGAUGAACUGUAAGACAGUGACAGUGGACACUCACCUGAGGAUGCUCUUCAAGACUGGACAUGGUAUUUCCCACAAUCCUCCUCUCUCCCGUUGUUCUCCGGCAUCAUACAUUCGGUUGGUCUCCUUACGGUCUCGUCCUGUUCAGGGCCGGUCGCACCAAAGACGUGUGGAUGUUGGUUUUGUCUGUAGCGACUGAUGAUGCACAUUUAGAUCAUCUUUUAAUUUACAGUAAUUAACUGCAGUUUAAGAUGCAGAUUGUGUUUAUGUAAAAUACUUACAUAAAUGAUUCAGUUAUGGUGGAAAUGAUGAUUUCACUGCAAGCCGUGUCGCGCUUGGCGAGACCGACUGACGGCUGCAGAAUGUUUGAGUUUGUUUUCCCACAUUUGGUUUGUUGUUUCUUCUUUUCCCCCUGAUUAAAUAUUUUUUAAGUAUUAUUUAUAUAAAACACAUCCCAA